AAUAUUAAUUUUAUUCCAAAUAAAUGUAAAAUGUUGUAAAUAAGUGAUAACUUCGUAUAAUUUUACUUAAACUAACAAUAAAAAAAUAAAUAAUGUCGUGUAAUUAUGCAGAAGGGCUGUCGCCCUAUGAACAUAAAGGUGUUCUCGGAAUUCCAGAAAAAUUUGAAGCAAUCGAGAAGUUAAAUGAGAAAUGUGAAAUGUUAGCUCGAUUGAUUACGGAAAGUAAACAUAUUGUUGUUCAUACUGGAGCAGGAAUUAGUACCUCAGCAGGAAUACCCGAUUUUAGAGGCCCUAAUGGUGUAUGGACUUUAGAAAAGGAAGGAAAACGUCCUUCCACAAAUAUAUCAUUUACAGAUGCAAAACCUACAAAGACACAUAUGAUAUUAAAGAAAUUAAUAGAAAGCAAUAAAAUACAAUACAUUGUUAGUCAAAAUAUUGAUGGACUCCACAUGAAAUCAGGAUUGUCUCGAAAAUAUUUAUCAGAAUUACAUGGUAACAUGUUUAUUGAUGAAUGCAGUUUAUGUAAAAGGCAAUUUAUCCGUAGCAGUCCUGUAGAGACUGUAGGCAAGAAGUGCAGCGGAGUGCCAUGUGCGUCCGGAUAUAAUGGUGGCAGACCUUGCCGAGGUCGUUUGUAUGACGGUGUAUUAGACUGGGAACAUAGCUUGCCUGAAGAUGACUUGUUAAUGGCUGAAUGGCACUCAAGUAUUGCAGAUUUAAGUAUUUGUCUUGGCACUACAUUGCAAAUCGUUCCAAGUGGAAAUUUACCUUUAGAGACUGUGAAGUAUGGAGGGAAGUUAGUUAUAUGCAACCUGCAGCCUACGAAACAUGACAAUAAAUCAGAUCUCAUUAUAAAUUAUUAUGUAGAUGAUAUAUUAGAGAAAGUAAUGAAUAUACUAAAGUUAGAUAUACCUGAGUACAAUGAGGAUACAGAUCUAACAAAAUUAGCUUCGACAGAGAUUGUUGAAUGGACUAUUAAAAAAAAAGAUGUGCUCGUAUUGGAAAAAGUUUUCAAAGCAAAGUGUAAAGGUGUCAAGAAGAAGAAAAUAUUAAUAAAAACCAAAAGAAACAGUACCGAAUCUAAUGGUAUAGAAAAUGGUAAUUGUAAAGUAAUUAAGUUGGAAGUUAAACAAGAAUGUGAUAUAAGUGAAAUUAAGUAACUUUUAAGUGAUUAUCAUGUGAUUUUUUUUUAAUUUAGAUAAAUUAAUGUAUAAGCAAUGAAUAUAGAAUGAAA